AUGCAAGAUUGGAUACUCAAAACUCAAACUUUAAAGCUUUUUCUUCGACCGCUACUGCAUAAUUUCUAUCUCUCCAUGAAAGCAUUCACACCUCAAAUGAGGCUAUCCAAGGAAAAAUCGACCAUCUUCAAACAUCAAUCAUCCAGCAAAGUGAUGAGGCAACUGUGUUUUAUGAGGAGAUGCGUAGAAGUGGAAGGACUUAUCAAAGGCGCCAUGGUGGAAAUGAUGGAAAUUGAUAUUUUGUUAUUUGCGUAUCUCAUUCUCUUUCAUGCAUUGCAUCUUAAGAACAUUUUGCUGUUUUGUUUUAUGUAA